UUAAGAUUAACAUGAACUGUAAGAAAGCCCAAUGUGGGACAUUCUAGAUACACGAGCUGAAUAAAGUGGACGUGCUUUGAGUAAAGUUGUGUGCAUUAUUAUAAAACUGUCCCUCUCACAAAUUCAGAAGUGGUUCAGAUCUACGCAAUGGACGAAAUUAACUUUAACGAAUACUCGGUUGUGCAGUUAAAAAGAUGGCUUUCCGCGUUGGGACUGCCAACUCAAGGCCUUAAAGCCGAAUUGAUGGCUCGCCUUGGGAGUGUUCCUCGUGAAGAGCGCGGCCAUGCACCACGUAAGGACGCCAACCAAAACCACGGAGAGGAUCAUCCCGAUAACGAGAAUCCUGGAGAGGAUCAUGACGUCGCCUCCGAGGGCAACGAACCGGACAACGCUCCAGAGGUUGCACAGAGGGUGAUUUCCCGGAAUGCUCUCGAGCAACCUGAGCUUCUUGCUAUUAUCAGGCAGCUGCAGGCAGAAAUUGGUGCUCAUCGCAGUUUGUUGCAGCACGCGCAGACACGUGGCGCCACACAACAGCAACAACAACAAGCAGUUGGAGUCUCGAACCUUCUGCCGCAAUCGCAUGUGCAUGCAUCAAUUGGCAACCCUGUCAGUCUGAUCGUGCCACCGACCUCAAACGACGACGCAUCUGGUGGCAGCACUGCAAGCCUGAACGGUUCAGCAGCCCUGCAAGGCAUAACAUCGGGUGGCAACACCAGCAGUUUGGCAGUAUUCGGUUCAGCAAACAAUAACAACGCCGUUUUUAACGCUGACAGAACCACCAACCGGGCUGCAUCAGCAGCAUCAUUGUCUUUCGCCAAAGAAGCAGCCAUAGACUUUGACGAAAACAUGUGUGCUCGCAACUGGGUGGAACUCCUCAAGAAUAUUGGACAGGUAUAUACAUUGGCCGACGACGGCCUAAGGAUGCUGUUCGUUACGAAGCUUAAGGGAAAGGCACAGCGCUGGUUGCAUGCCAACCGUACUAGGAUGAUGGAACCUUUCGAGAGGUUAUGCGAGCAGCUGAUUAUGGCCUUCGGGCAAACAUCUUCUAAGUCCGAAAAGCGUCGCAAGUUCGAGCAACGUAAAUGGCAGCAAACCGAGCGUUUUGCCAUGUACUUCGAGGAGAAAAUGAUGUCGGCUAAACCCAUCAACCUGGACACAGAUGAGCUUUUAGAGCAAAUCAUCGAAGGAGUGCCAUCAGCAAAUUUAAGGGAUCAAGCUCGCAUUCAACGAUUCGCCAACCCGGAGCAAAUGCAGCAAGCCUUUGUAAAUAUCUGCCUCCCGCAGAUAAAUGAAGCCAACGCAGCGAAGAAGUCAUCAAUGGAGGUCUUUGGGAAUAAUGAUCUGCGUUGCAGGAACUGCAACUCCAAGGGCCAUUUCGCGAAGGAUCCUGUUUCGCCUGUGGAGAAAUGGGGCACUUCGUAGGGCAAUGCCCCCAGAAGAAGAGCGCUAGCGACAAAAACAACUAUAAUCGCUCAUAGACUCAGGCAACGCGAUAUCUUUUAUAAAACUAUUCAAAGUCCCUUAUGGAACGCAC